AUGACUUCAACACUUAACCAAGGAGAUGACUCUCAUGGGGGCAGUGCUUCAAAGCCAAUCCACUUUUUCAGGAUCAUGCUCUCCCACAACCUUCAGCAUGGAAAGCUGAAGCUUCCAGCAAAGUUUGUGCGCAAAUAUGGAAAUCACUUGCCCAACACAAUUUUUCUUAAGCUUCCAAACGAUGCAGAAUGGGAAGUAAAAUUGGAGAAAAGUGAUGGCAGUGUUUGGUUUCAGCAAGGUUGGAAAGAGUUUGUGGAGUACCACUCUCUAGCCCAUGGGCACCUCUUGGUUUUCAAAUACAAUGGAACAUCAAAUUUCCAUGUACUCAUCUGUGAUAUGAGUUGCAUGGAAAUAGACUACCCUGUGAACAAAGCAAAUCACAAAAGGGUCGGAAUUAACAGUGAAGAAAUUCAACCACCUAAGAUAAAGAAAACAACUGAGAAUAAGAAAAAGUGUUGUUCUAAUUUGCAAGACACUGCAUCUGAUGAAAAAGUCAGAGACCACAAAGGUAUGUUGAAGAAUCUAAAUGAGGUGAAGAGAAACAUGGAAGGUGUUGAGAAUACUCCCUUCAUGGUGAUAAUGAAACCAAGCUUCUUUACUACUGGGUAUAUGUAUCUGCCAAGGGUAGCAGCGAGGAGCUACGUCAAACGUCGUGAACAAUGUGUUACUCUUGUUGCUGGGGACAGAUCAUGGAGGGUUAAAUUAGUUCAUUAUCGAAAUGAUUCAGCUUACAUCACUAAUUUGUUAGAUUUUGCAAGGGACAACAAUUUGAAAGAAGGAGAUGCUUGCUAUUUCAAACUUAUGAACAUGUGUGAUGAAGACAUGGUGAUGGAGGUUUCCUUUUGUAGCCAGAAACUCCUCUCUAAGAGGACAAUAACAUAA